CUCUCUCCUCUUUCUCUCUUGCUCCCUUCCUCUCUGCAACUGAACAGUGAAAAUUCACAUUGUGGAUCCUCUAACAGGCACAGAUGUCAUGUGAAAACGCACAUGCUCUGCCAUCCACACCGCCUUUCUUUCUUUUCUGUUUCCUUUUUUCCCCCCUUGAUCGUUCUCCCUCUUCUUUGUAACUAACAAAACCACCACCAACUCCUCCUCCUGCGACUGCCCUUCUCCUCCUCCUCAGCCCAAGUGAUCACAAAAGAAAUCUCCGAGCCCGAGGCGGUGGCAUUUUUUUUAAGCAAGCACACUGGAGAGAAAGAGAAAAGAAACAAACAAACAAACAAACAAAAGCAAAACAAAACCCAGGCACCAGCCAGCCAGGACCUUUUUUUCCACCCUGCCUGAAAACAAACAAACAGCCAUCAAAAACAGUCAUCAGCAACAGCAUCAAAACUGUUAGCAUAGCAGCGGCGGCCCCCGUCACGCUGUGGCCACGACGUCUGCCGACAGGGAUGCUUCUCUCGGCGGAGCAGCUCUGCUCAGACCACCUUCUUCCCUCGUGCUGAGCGGGAUUUUUGGGUUCUCUGGGGUUCGGGCUGGGAGCUUCAUGACUACGCGGAGCAGGACAGCGGCCACACCAUGCGAGCACAAAUUGAAGUGAUACCAUGCAAAAUUUGUGGCGAUAAAUCCUCUGGGAUCCACUACGGAGUCAUCACUUGUGAAGGCUGCAAGGGAUUCUUCAGGAGGAGCCAGCAGAACAAUGCCUCUUACUCCUGCCCAAGGCAGAGAAACUGUUUAAUUGACAGAACCAACAGGAACCGUUGCCAACACUGCCGACUGCAAAAGUGUCUUGCCCUAGGAAUGUCGAGAGAUGCUGUAAAGUUCGGGAGGAUGUCCAAGAAGCAGCGGGACAGCCUGUACGCUGAGGUGCAGAAGCACCAGCAGCGUCUACAGGAGCAGAGGCAGCAGCAGAGUGGGGAGGCAGAGGCCCUGGCCAGGGUUUACAGCAGCAGUAUCAGCAACGGCCUCAGCAACCUGAACACUGAGAGCAGCGGCACCUACGCCAAUGGGCAUGUCAUUGACUUGCCGAAAUCCGAAGGAUAUUACAACAUUGAUUCUGGUCAGCCAUCUCCAGAUCAGUCAGGACUGGACAUGACUGGAAUCAAACAGAUAAAGCAAGAACCUAUCUAUGACCUCACAUCCGUACCCAACUUGUUUACCUAUAGCUCUUUCAACAACGGGCAGUUAGCUCCGGGGAUAACUAUGACUGAGAUCGAUCGAAUUGCACAGAACAUCAUUAAGUCCCAUCUGGAGACAUGUCAGUACACAAUGGAAGAGUUACAUCAGCUGGCAUGGCAGACCCACACCUACGAGGAAAUAAAAGCAUAUCAAAGCAAGUCCAGGGAGGCGCUGUGGCAGCAAUGUGCCAUCCAGAUCACCCACGCCAUCCAGUACGUGGUGGAGUUUGCAAAGCGGAUUACAGGCUUCAUGGAGUUGUGUCAGAAUGACCAGAUUUUACUUCUGAAGUCAGGUUGCUUGGAAGUGGUUUUAGUGAGAAUGUGCCGUGCCUUCAACCCAUUAAACAACACUGUUCUGUUUGAAGGAAAAUAUGGAGGAAUGCAAAUGUUCAAAGCCUUAGGUUCUGAUGACCUGGUGAAUGAAGCAUUUGACUUUGCGAAGAAUCUGUGUUCCUUGCAGCUGACUGAGGAGGAAAUCGCUUUGUUCUCCUCUGCUGUUCUGAUAUCCCCAGACCGAGCCUGGCUGAUAGAACCAAGAAAAGUCCAGAAGCUUCAGGAAAAAAUUUAUUUUGCACUUCAACAUGUGAUUCAGAAGAAUCACCUGGAUGACGAGACCCUGGCAAAGUUAAUAGCCAAGAUACCAACUAUCACGGCAGUCUGCAACUUGCAUGGGGAGAAGCUGCAGGUAUUUAAGCAAUCUCAUCCAGACAUAGUGAAUACACUGUUUCCUCCAUUGUACAAGGAGCUCUUUAAUCCUGACUGUGCUGCGGUCUGCAAAUGAAGGGGAUGAGAACUCUCAGUCACGGAAUGCAUCGCCGCUAAGACAAAAGCAAUGUGUUCAUGGAGACUUAAGGAAAAUGUCACUACUGCAACAUUAGGAAUGUCCUGCACUUAAUAGAAUUAUUUUUCACCGCUACAGUUUGAAGAAUGUAAAUAUGCACCUGAGUGGGGCUCUUUUGUUUGUUUGUUUUUGAAAUGAUCAUAAAUAUACAAAUAUAGGACACUGGGUGUUAUCUUUUUUAAUUUUAUUCGGGUAUGUUUUGGAGACCACUGUUUAUAGAAUUUUAUUGUAGAUAUAUACAAGAACAGAGCCGUACUUUACAUGGUUACUUUUCCUGUUGAUUGUUCAAAUAUAAUUUAAGGAAAUUCCACUUACUAGGCUUACCUAUUUCUAUGUUUUUAGAUAGUUGAUGCAUGUGGAAAUUUGUAACUGUCUUGGAAAGUACUGUGCAUGUAUGUAAUGAGUAUAUAAUAUGGAAGAGUAUUAUAUAUGACUAUUACGUAUUCAUGCACUGUGGCUUCAAAUACCGUGCCCACUAGCAAUGGAGGUUCAUUCAGGCUUUCUCGUGUGAUUUACUACUUUCUGUUAUAUGUUACUUUCAUGUUAGACAAUCAGGAUUUUCUUUUCCAGCCAGAGUUUUCACCCAUACAUAACAACAGGAUAGUACCCAUUCAGAAGCAAGUCUACAAAGGAAUCGGUGUAACACAGAGCAGCUUUCUCAAGGCUCCAUCUCGAUCAAUGACUUGAAAGUCCUGACAAGAUGGCACAUGGUGGGGGGGAUGGGGUUUGAAGCCAUUUUCCUGUUCCAGCAAUCAGGCUGUAAACCAGACAAUAAUAUUUCUUAUUUUUUACAACAAUGCAUAAUAUUAGGGUUCCCCCCCCCUUGGAUUUAGAUUUCAAAUUGUGAAAGAAAUUUGACUUUCAUGCUUUUUUUAGCAAAAAAGAAAAAAUAAUCAAUCUAUGGACUAUGACCACCAUCAAUGUUUUCAGAAACAUUUGACAAGAAGGGUAAAAUAAGGCCCCAGUGCUAUUUUGUGCAGACAUUUUCUAACCAUUUUCCCCUAAAGAACAGAAAGAAAUAGAACAUACAAAGCAAAGAAGUAAUUCAUUCCAUUCAUACUCAUUACAAUCUGUUAGGAAACAUGUUAAUAAAAAAGAGAAGGCAAUCUAGAGCCUGGGACCUCUAAUUUUUCAGCUUCAAAAUACUGUAUUAUAAAAAUAGAGCAAAACUGUAAAAGAUUAGAAAAAAUAAGUGUUUUGUUUAUGAGACUGAUAUAUCCCAAAGCCAAAAUUCUUUCCUACACAGAUUGAAAUGGCAUCCUCUGUCCGGACAUACUGGUUAUUUUUUUAGCCACUUAAAAGAGCAGAAUGCAAAGGUGCUCUAUGCAGGGUCUUCACCCAUAUCCCUAUGAAAUUAGCCACCAGAAAAAGCCUUUAAUAUGAUCUAGUCUAAACUAAGACUUUUGAAGAAACAGCUAGGGGACACAUUCAUGUGUAAGACAUCAAAAGCUAUGAUGUACUUUAAGUAUGGCACAGGCCCUAGCUUAUAAAAACCUGCCCUUUGUCCUUACACACACACACACACACACACACACACACACACACACACACACACACACCUGUUUCACUACAUAGAAGCUUUGUUUUUAGUUUCGUUUUUUUGUUUUUUGUUUUUAAUUUCUUAUGCUCUCCUGAAGUUCUUGGUUGAGAGUCAUCUCAAAGACGCCUCAGAACUCUGGAGGACAACCCAAACAGUAGUACUGUUAAUCUUUCCUUUUCAAAAACAGGGGCUUUUCUCACCUCAUGAUUGAUGAAUUCCAAGCCAUUGGGGGAAAACAAAAAGGCUUUAAAAUAAUGAAUCUCUUUUUCAACCACUGUUAUAUUCAAUUAAUUUAACUACAUUGAACCAAAUUACCUUUGGUUCUGAGAAGACAGCUGUAGACUGCUUAUUAUGCUGCUACAGGGACCCAGUUCUUUCUGGUGUAAAUGUCACUCCUGCUAGCUCUUUGUAUAAAGAAUUAAUUCCAAGAGUCAUAUUUCCUUCUAAUGGAAAGAUACUUUUCUGAUUGCUAGGAAAACAGGGUAAUGGAAGGCGCUCAAUUAAACCAAGCUGCUUCCAAAUUUGAUGUAUGUUUUAUGAUUGGCUUGUGAUAGGCAAUGCUUACUGUGUCUACUUGGCAUUCCCCUUUGAGCUUUGAACUCUUGUCAAACUUUGUUUUCAUUGUUCUGUUGGCCCAGAGUUUCCCAUUGUCAGCCUGUAAAUCCCGCUGGGCUGCAAAGGGAGUCAUUUAGUGCCGCCAGUUUACCUUAGAGGAUUUACAUUGGCUUAAUUGAUGAAGUAGCUGAGGAUUUUUUUUCCUCCUUUGCCCCACGGGUGGUGUAGGAAAAGAUUAUUCCCCACAUUUGUCUCAGGGGGUACUGGUUUUGAAAUUGUGUCAUUUCCACUAGCGCUAGCAUUUCAUUGGGACAGCGUGAACCUUUUGAAGCAAAGGGACAGGAAACAGAGCUAGGAGGAACUGAACCAGAACCAAACAGUGGUAACCAGUACGGGCACAGCCCCCUUUCCCUCCAGAGGGGAGAGCUCCAGUUUUGGCUGCAGUUGCCAACCUUUCCCUUAAAAGAGGACCAAGUCAUGUUUUUAAUGGUAAGAAAGCCUUUAAACACUGCCCUUUGAACAGCUCAGUGACUACAUGAAAUUUCAGUAAGAAAAACUCUUUUACCACACACAGUCUCAGCAUGCCGUUCCUUCUGAGAACUGGCUGACGUUCAAAAUGUGCUGGGAUGAGGCUCACUCUGGAAGAAGGAGCUGGGGUCUGUAGUCUCCUUCAUGCCUCAAGGAUGACAAUCACUGCUUGAUGCAGAUGUUGCACUGAAUCUGCUCAGGGAUGCUUCAUAAAAAAGGAAAGAAAAGAAAGGGAAGGAAGGAAGGAAGGAAGGAAGGAAGGAAGGAAGGAAGGAAGGAAGGAAGGAAGAAGAAAAUCCUCGAGAAGGGGAAGGGAUAAACAGGAAGAGACAAUAAAACCUAAGAGGCACAAAUUAAACAUGCCAGUGAGAGACCCUCUCUAACAGCCUUCAGACCAGCCCCAGUGGUGUCGUGGCAGAACAUGAGUGAAAUGCUUUUCUUCUUUGGACCUGCCUAAAAGUGCCACACAAGUAAAGAGAUUAGUUUCUUUCUUAAAGUGAACAAAGAAUAGACCAUCCAGACUGUCCUGCUUAUCUCCCAGUGAAUCCAGGUUUCCCGUGUAAGCCCUUAGCAAAAGAAAUGCAGGAUCUAACUGUCAUAGGACACAGCUGACAGGCUGUGUGAAUGACAAUUCCAGGGACUCUGUACUCUGUAGGAAAAAAAAAAGGCAGAUUUUUUGGAGGGAAAAUGAGAGAUUUCAAAUCUGGGUUGGCAGAUACGAAGAGCCAUGCUGUCUGUGACUUGGCCUUUCUUUAUGUUAGUUUUUCUGGGGAUCUUUUAUUCCCAGAUUAGACACUGAAGGUCAGGAUAUACUUUCCAAACACAUUUCCUGCAUUUUAUUUGUCUUAAUACUUUCUUCAGGGUUCUGGGCUAAAGGACUUCUAAGUCAAAACCAUAGAAUACUGUGGUAUUAGGUGAUUAGAUUCCUCUGGCAGUAGCUGAAAGACUCUAGGCUAUGCCCAACUGGAUAUUAACAAGAGGCAUCAGGGGACAUCAGUGCAUUUCCAUCAUGGCUGCCUUACCAAGCAGGUUAUUUCCCAGCAGGCAAGCUGAACUAUUAGGAGGAAACCUUGGAGAUGCACAGCCACCUCCCACUGGCUCUCCAUAAUGCUGCACAUAAGGGGCUCGAAUUCUAAGAUAACUCUUAGAUCCCAAGGAAAGCUUAAAAUGUUCUUUUUUUUUUCCUUUGCUGUUUGCUUACAUCCUUAGUUUCUCUUUAUUCCAGAAGCAGGAAAUUUUUGGGUGCUGUCAAAUCAUUUUUUCUGGAUCCUUUUCUCCUGUAUUAAUUCUUGUUUCUAUUGAAAUUAUCACAAAGGGGGAGUAGGUUCAGGCAAAGACGUCUCUGUUCUGACGAGGACCGAAAGGUAGCAAUAGCUCUGAAGUGUGUACCUGAGGGAAACCUCUGCAGAAUCCCUUCAUAAAGAGGAGGGAGACGCCACCAGGAUGAAGUGCUAUUUGAUGCUCUAUUUGCAAUUGCUGGUACAUGUGCAAUCAGAAGAAAGGCCUGGUGUGGGGAGCCAUGGGGCCUUUCGGGGACAGGUUAAUAACCCUUUUUCUUCCAGAGAGGAGUAUGUUUCAGAACCAGAGGUACCUGACUGUUUAAAUCAACAGAUAAAAGCUCAAAACCCCCCAAAAUGGCAAGGAACAGAUGCGAAUAGUUUCAGUUGUAGCAAGCUGGCAAGGGAAUGCCCUGCCUAUGACAGGACAGCCACCAUUCGACGAAGGUUGCAUGCUGACGGUGCUUCUGAAUUAUGUACGCUGUCUCAGUUGUAAAUGAUGACAGUUGACUCUGAGCAUAGUAAAGACCAAACAGCCACGUCUCUGAGCAGAAGAGGUUCAUAGACUGCCAGCUUGCCACCUCGGCUUGAUAUCAAAAAUCCUAGUAUCUAGAGGUCUAUUGUGCUGGAGCUGGUCAGGCUAAGUUUGAAGGGAGAUGACAUUAGAUGCUAGUACAGAGGGGGAGAGGAGAAAUCUUGGCCUUCUCAUUCUCAAUUUAGUUUCAAUAUUUACCCAUUACUACGCAGCAAUAUAAUAGCAGGUGGCUUGAACAAAAUAGUAAUUGAAAGAUAAAGGCAAGCCGGUUAAGGAUGGCUUACAAAAGACACUUCCAUAUGUCCUGCCGAGCUCCACUGUGGAAGAGCCCAAGAGAACUAGGUUUCUUGUUCAUUUUUUUUCUGAAAGUCAGAUGUAUAACUUUUAUGUUUUUGAGCCUGUACAUGUGUCCUUAAAUGUAUGGCUUCAAAUCUGUGACACUCUCCCAGUUUCUCUUAGCUAUACAUUUCGCAGCAAUUUAUUCUAUCAUCGAGAUAGCCUCGCCCCCUUGUUCUGAAGUGCAGGUCACCGGCUCCUACACAGCAGGUGGGACUGUCUGUCUGUGCACUUUUUUCCUAAGCUGCUGAAAUUCCUCCGAGGUGAACUGGUCACGGCAACCGUUGCUUCCCGCACGACCAAAGCACAGCCUCCAGGGGAUCAGAGAAACCAGGCCAGUGGUUGUUCUCAGAGCCAGAACUAAAGCACAAAGAUUACUGGAAUUAAAUAAGACCAACAAGGAGAAGUGCAGGUUGUCUGCACCCCUGUUGGCAGCAUGAGGCUCACAACACUUACAUUCUGGCUGUGUCGAAUGGUGAACACCCCCACGUCACCAGCACAGCCAGACAUAGACACCCAUGAGGAAUGUCAGAAAGCCACAAGCCCCACACCCAAGCACAGCACCAUUUGCUCCAGCCCAUCAACACACACCCAAGAAUGAAAACUACACCCACAGAGAACUGAGUAUGUAUUGUAGAAAUGUAGAGGAAAAAUAAAAAAUAUUUUUUCAAAUGUAAUUACUUUUAAUAUAUGCUUGUGGAAGGUCUAAUACAAUGUAUGCUGUCUCUGUAAUUUUUGCUGUAAAUAACUAGAGACGGUGAAUACACUGAUUUUUCUAUGUCUCAGUUUAAGCUUAAGACUUUGUAACACUUUUUUAGAGGGGGGUAAACAACAAAGAUAAAAUAUGUACUUGCUUCCUUCCUGAGUGUUAUGUACCUCUCAGUUUUUAAAAUGGAAAACGGUUGUAAUGGUUUAAGCAUCUUGACGGGUCAUCAGUGUUAAGUAUAUGCUUCUUUUUGUAAUACAACUUAGAAAGGGACAGGGCUAUCAAUUAACUGCUCCAAAGAAUUCAGUAUUGAAGAUUGGCCUAAGACCUACAAACUCUAUCUAAACUAGACAAUAUGAAAAAGGAAGACUUAAAAAAAAAGACUGUUGUCUAAGUGAAGUCGUCUUUCCUCGUAGCAAAUGGCUCUGUCCAAAUGCAUUUUGCAUGGAAUAGCUUAAGGAAAACAAACCCUGCUUUCUGAUGAACAAAAUAUUUUUGUACGUGUUUAUUUCUUUUUAAUGACUUGAGGUCAGAUCACUCAUUCGCUGAAGCCAUAACUGACCUCCACCAAAUAAAUGUUGUAAAGAAGCUGGGGGAGGGUUGGGGAGAGACUGAGAGGUAGGAAAAAUCUGAGAUGGGGUGAAGAUAACAACACAGGCAAGAGCAGGGCCAGUGAAACUGAUGUUUUUCCUGCAUCCCAAAUAAAAGGCUAGUAUUUUAUGAUGACCGAUUUAUAAAAUAAAAAGAUAUUUAGAUUUAAAUGAGACGUUCCAAUAUUUUUGAAAUCCCUGACAAUGCUCCCUCGCUUUUAGGAUUGAGAUAAAUGAUUUUCCUGUCCUUCUGAUGUUCUGAGAUUUAAUGCUUCUGCCACAGCUCCAGCCUACAGUACAAGGUGCAGAGCCACUGAGUCCAGAGGUGAAGCCCAGGACUGUCCGGGUCUUGGCUGUGCCUACUCCACAGCUGCACCUGGAGGAGCAGCCUGGAAGGUAUAGCUUGCUCCUCCUUAGCAUGCACACCACUGCUGGCAAUGCCCCCAACGCUGCAUUGCCACAAGUAUGUAAAAUAAAAGCAUUCAUUCUGAAAAGCUAAGUAUACUUUAAAAAAAAAGAGCAAUGUCUCCUGUAGUCAACCACUGAUUCUUCAGGAGCUGAAUUAUGCUAUUACCAUAUACUCUUACCAGCCUGUAGAGGCAAAAGACAAACUACAAAUAAACCCAGUGAUAUAUGUAGUUUUUAAAUCUACAAUUUUCUGCUCUCUCUCUGUCUCUCUCUCUUUCUCUCUCUCUCUGUCUCUCUCUCUCUUUCUGUCUCUCUCUCUCUGUCUCUCUCUCUCUGUCUCUCUCUCUCCUCCCUUGUUUAAUAUAUAAGCCCUAAUUUCUGUGUAUGUGAGUAAAAAACUGCAGCCUGAGUCAUUUAGGAAGUAAGCAUUGAAUUUUUUAAUUAUAAAUAUAAUAGAUUAAAGCAGCACUCCCUAACAACUAAAGAGAGUUUUAUAUUACUUUAGAAUGUAAUGGGAUUUGUCCUUAUUUUAUGUCCUGUAAAUUAUUAGUUGAAUACUGUUAGCAUUCCCAGAUAAUGCACACAUGAUUUCUGAAUGUUUCCUGUAAAUGACAAUCAAUGUUUAUGACCUUCCCUCCUUCAAUGCUGAACAAAUUAAAAGAAGAAAAAGAAAAUAAAA